CAUUUCCCCCUUCCUGUCCUUUCUCUCCUUUGCAACCAGCAAUUUUCGCGCCGUAGAAAUUUGAACAACCCUUCAGUCAUUCACUACAAACAUGGCUGACGAACCGAGACGCUCUGGUCGCUCGACUAAGGGUCAGCACAAGAACCUCGACAUGAUCACCGAGACGCCGGCUAAGAAGACGAAAGCCAAAGCUCAGCCCAAAGAGAAACCCGCGAAACCGUCCGUGGAGCCGACGCCGGCUCCCAGCGAGGAGGAAGAAAUCAUCCGAUGCAUCUGCGGUGAAUAUGAAGAGGAGGAGGACGUCGAACGUGAUAUGAUCUGCUGCGAUCGAUGUUCCGCAUGGCAACACAAUGACUGCAUGGGCCUGACGUUCGCCAAGGGGGAAGAGCCCGACGAAUACUUCUGUGAGCAGUGCAAGCCCGAGAAUCACCCGGUUCUCUUGGAGAAAAUCGCGCGGGGUGAGAAGCCAUGGGAGGAAGCGGCCGAACGGCGACGCAUCGAAGCGGAAGAGAAGAAGGCUUCACGACGCAAAAAGGGCAAGAAAGGCGGCAGGAGAGGUCGACAAAGUGAGGCCAAGGUUGAAAUGAGCACACCUGCGCGCGCAGUAGCAGCCUCGACGACACCUGCCCCUACUCCUACUCCAGCUGCCGUCGCUACGCCUACGCCUGCUCCCGCGCCUGCUCCCGCUGCCCUUCCACCACAUCCCACACCUCCUGCUCCCACUCCUUCCGUCCAGAUUCCUGCUACUGAAGCUGCUACUGCCGCGAAGGCGCCAACCCCCGAAGAAAAUGGCCUCUCUUCCGAGGCCCAGCCGGCAAGCGCCCAGAAGCGCAAGUUUGAGGAGCAACAAGAGCCUUCAGCUCUGGACGCUGAACCGAAACCCAAACAGCAGAAGAUCUCACCAUCCGCCGCGACACCGACCCCUCCCCCCCAGCCGGCUACAGUAAAAGAUGAACCUGUCGCGCAGUCGUCGCGUCAAGGUUCCGUCGCAUCACCGUCGCCGACCACGGAAGAAGCAAAGCACCUGGAAGAACCCACUAAUCCCGCUCGGAAAAGUGUUGCCAGUGCCCUGGUCAAGUUAUUUGUAGAUCAGAUUUCUGAGUCCCAGAAGAAAGGAUCUUUCAGCUUGCCCCAUGGGAAAACAGCGGAGGAAGUUGCGCGGCAGCUCGGACUCUCGAUUGAGAGUGCUAUGUACCAGAAUAUAUGCGGAGGAUCUGGAGAGCCCACAGACCCGUAUAAAACUCAAUUGCGGACGAUUCUGUUCAACGUAAAGAAGAACUCUUCUCUACGGGAUCGUCUGCUCGUAGGUAGUUUACUUCCUGAUGCCUUCUCUAAGAUGAGCUCCCAAGACAUGGCCAGUGAGGAGCUGCAGCAGAAGGACGCGGAGAUCAAGCGGGAGGCCGAGCGCCAACACAUUAUCAUCCAAGAGCAAGGGCCGCGCAUAAGACGCACCCAUAAGGGUGAGGAAUUGGUUGAAGAUGAGAACCAUGUCGCCGCCAGCGAGCCGGUGUUUUCCACCGUCGCAUCUCGACGCAGUCUGGCCGAGGCCGACGGCAGUCCUACCGCGCAGAGUCCGACCAGUCCAACGCAGCAGACGACUGAGACCGAUGGCGCCGCUUCGAAGCCCCUCAAUGAAUCCAAGCUCUCUGAUGGAGUGGAUAUUCGUCGCGAUGACUUUCCUCCGAGGGCGCAUUCGCCCGGUGGCACCAGCCACGAGCCUGUCUUCCCCGAAAUGUCAGCUCACAUUCGCGAACAGUUACCAGCUCGCAAAGCCCAAGCCGAUGCCGAAAUUGAUCAGCUACUCAAGGACGAUGAACCCGAAUCGCCACCCUACUCUCCCAGGGACUAUCACGAUGAAGGAUCGAUCUGGCAUGGCAAGGUGAUGAUGAGUACCAUCGCCGAAUUCGCGUCCUCAGCGAAGCAUGCAGGAGGCGCCGACCUCAGCGGUCGUAUCCCCUGGAGCCAGCUGGUCCCUUCGACCUUACUCGUGGACGGACGGAUCGACAUUCAGUUGGCCGGCAACUAUCUCUGUGGUCUUCGGUUCAGCUCGUCGACCGAUGUUACUGUCAUCUCGAUUAGCAGUCCUCAUAAUCCCAAGGAGAAGGCUGGCUUUGACAAGUUGUUCAGCUACUUCCAAGACCGCAAUAGAUACGGGGUGGUGGGCAAACACCCUCUGCCAGCUGUCAAGGAUACAUACUUGAUACCGAUUGAGGCCGGGUCAACCAAGAAGCCCGACUUCAUCGAAUUAUUGGAGAACAACACCCUCGAGGAUCCCAUCCCGGAACGGGUACUUCUGGUUGUCUUCGCCGUGAAGACCGGCGAUUCGAACCCUCCUUCCGUGCAGUCCAUCUCUCAUCCAUCCAGCCAGGAGCCUGGUGCUUCUGCCAGUCCCCUCACGAUGGCUCCCUCCCAGCCACAACAAUUUCUGACCCCCGCGCCUCCUCGCCAUUCCUCCCAGUUCACCCCCAGUCCAGCUCCCUCGUUCCCCGCCACGCCGCAGGCGCCCAUCCCCUACGGCCAGCAAACGCAGCAACCACCCGCAGCUUCCACACAAUACCCCUCCUAUGCACCACCCCAGGCUGCAGCCCAGUCAGGCCCAUUCACAGGUCUGCCGGCAGCUAUCCAGGUCCUGGGUCCGCAGGCCGCCCAUUCGCCCGCGCUCACGCAACUUCUACAGCAGGCUCCCAACGCGGAUGUCUCUCAGUUGAGUGUGAUUAAGGAGAUUCUAGUCCGCUGUCCAGAGGCUCUGGCUGAUUACAAGCUGCUGACCGAUGAACUAUUCAAGGUCACGGCGGCCAAUGGACACCAUGGUGGACAGCAGAACAACCGGUAGACUGCAGCUUGAAUGCUGCUGUACAGUACUCUUUCUUCCACCUUUUCUAUCUCUCAUGUCUCUUCCUCGACUUUCCUCUCCCC